AUGGGAGAGGAAAGGAGUGACCGGAGGUCAGGGGAUAGAGCUCUUCACUUUGUUAGCUCAUCAUCGAAGGGAUCGUUGGGUGGACAGAGGAGUGACCAGUUGCAACUGAGUGAUUUAUCAAAAUUGACCAAAUCGUUAAUCGCAGUGACAGAUUUGGAAGAAGUGAAGCAAAGAGUUCGUCAGCUAUGGAAAGAUGGAAAGUUGGAAAAAUCACAAGCUGCGAAGCUAAUAAGAAGGUGGAGAAGUUGGCAAUGGCAAAAUAAACAGAAACAGAAAAGGGAAACACUGAUCAACAGUUUAUCAGAAAGGCUGGAUUCUACAGAAGAACAAUCAUUAGAUGAUGUUAAGCAGUUGAUAAACGAAUAUGUGAUAAUUGGUAAAAUUACUUAUAAAGAUGGAGCUUUUCUCAUUAAAAAAUGGAGAAAACGUGAAAGUCGUCGAAUAAAACGACAAUUGGAAAGGGGAAAUACGUCAUGCUGUUUUUUUUGUCGGCAGACGGGUCACAAGUUUUCGGAGUGUCCCGAAAAGGAUGGUGAAAUAAUGGGAUCCGGCAUCUGUUUCAAAUGUGGUUCUACAGAGCAUACAUCGUCGCAUUGCCAACGCAAGAACAUUCGUGGUUUUCCAUAUGCGAUGUGUUUUGUAUGUAGGCAGCAAGGACAUCUUUCGAGGGACUGUGACAAAAAUGCAAAUGGAAUAUACCCAGAUGGAGGCUCAUGUAAUUUAUGUGGAUCUCAAAAGCAUUUGAAAAAAAAUUGCUCGCUCAGGAAAGACACUGAUGAUAAUAAUCAAAGAGAGUCGAUAGCUGUUGCUAGAAGUAACGUCACUAGUGGUGAUGAUGAUUUUCUCUACAUUGAAAGCAACACUGUGAGCAACGAGGCAAAGAGGAAGAAAUUAGAAAGAAAAGUCGUUCACAUAUAA